AGGACGCGCGGCAGCGCCAGCCUCGGGGCCGCGCUGGUUAGGUGGGACUCGAGGGCAUUGCCUAGCGCCCAAGCCAUGGUGGCCAAACAGCGGAUCCGGAUGGCCAACGAGAAGCACAGCAAAAACAUCACCCAGAGGGGGAACGUAGCCAAAACCCUGAGGCCGCAAGAAGAGAAAUACCCUGUGGGACCAUGGCUGUUGGCACUGUUUGUUUUUGUUGUCUGUGGCUCAGGUCAACCCAAAACCCUGGCCUUUCCUGGAGACCGCCAGAACUGUCUCGAAACUGUGACACCCAAAGUGGCUGUCACUCCCCUGAGACUGACAAGCAGGAUGUUUGAGGAGCUGGGCAGCCUUGGAGAAGGUCUUCUACUUCACCACAAAGGGAAGACUGAGGACAUGCCUCUGCCGAGAAAGUCCUGCCUCGAGACCUGACAUGGACACUCUGGAAAAGAUGUCUCCUCAGCCACCGGCUCCCUCAAGCUAUCUUUCAGAUCAUUCAGAGCAUAAGGAUGGGCAUGUGAGAAGGCCUGGGGAUUUGACCCUGCCCCCUCCCUCUGGAGGGCGGAGGACCACUUAAGCUUUUAGCCAGGGAUCUGUGGGAAGCACACAGCCACACCGAGUAGAAAAAAAAGGCUCCCUCCAUUGUUCCCUGAUCACUUCAUCGUGGAUGUCAGACCACAUUGCCUUCUCACAGGACAUCUUGGUACAUCCGUGUUCUCGAGCGGAAAGGACAUUUUGCUUUUCUGUUGGUGGGAUUGGUAGCUCCCAGAUGUCUGCGGCAGCACCCUGUCUGGUUUUGCCCCUGGUCUCACAAAUGUAUGUAUGUGGCCCUCCGAAGGAUCACCGGGUUACUUUCUAUGGAUACAGCCUCUCCUCCGUUGGGGAUUGGUUUUACGAAUAAAUGUCUUUGUUCAACCUUA